AUGAUAUCUGUUCGACGUGAUUACAUCGCAUUCUACAGACAUGCAUCAAUCGACCCGGCCGAGCGCGUACUCUUUCUCGACUCGCGGCCUCUGUACGUCGAGGCCUCCGUGGUCACGGUAACCACAGACUCCGUGCACACGACCGACGACAAGGGCUCGUCCCUUCUGGUGGCGCACCGGGCGACCACACUUCGCGUGGACUGCGGGUCGGAUGCCUCCCCGGAAAACGACGCUUGCCGCGACGCGGGCAUCUAUCCCGCAACGGCGGCGUAUACGAUUCUAGCGGAGGGUAUGGCUUACGGGGGAACGACGACGUACCGUGUGGACAACAGCACGACAACGUGGAGCUGCGAUAGAGCGGGUGCCGACGACAGCGUCAGCUGCGUCAAGACAAUUGUCUCUGGCGGCAGCACGAGGACGGAGUCGACGGCGCACGACAGCUGUUAUGUAUGGGGACACAUGGUCCCGGCAGUCCUGACGGCGGGUCUCGACAAGAUGGCGGCUCCUCCUCCGACGGAAUACCCGGUCGACGACAAAAAUACCAUCACCCUUAGUUAUCAGGUUUUCAACUCAGACUACUCCGACAUCAUGUCCAAAGCGGGCUGCCCCGCGACCAAGGCCGCGAUCUAG